GAAAGGUGGAACGGGGCCUGGCCGUUAUUAUUAACCUUUGAUCUUCUCUGCCCGAAGCAAUCGGCUUGUGUUGUGCGGCUCCCAGGUGUAAAGGCCUUCGGUCAAGUUGGUGGGUACUCCUCCGGAAGGCAAUGGAUCAUGCCAGAGCAGCAUUGUCUAGCUUGUUCAGUGCCGAGCCGAUGUCGUACACACGUUUCAGCAUUGCCAGGCAAACGGAUGGAGACAACAGCCAUGUGGAGAUGAAGCUGUCUGCUGAUGAUGAGGAAGGAGUGGACAUUGAAAGGCCAGAGCACGUGCAUGACAGUAUGGCUCAGCCACAGAGAAAUGGCAAGAAACUCUGCUUCCUAGUCAUUGCAGCUGUUCUCCUCCUUUUGAUUGGAUUUCUCAUUGGCUAUUUGAGUUAUCGUGGACGAAUGCAGCUGGCUGCCAGGUGUCAAGAUGGAAGUGGCAGGUGUGAGAUAACUCCUACUGCAUCUUACCUAGUGGAUGGUGAUGAAACCGUGGAAGAAGAGAUUCAAGGACCACCUGUCAUCUACUGGCCUCAACUAAAAGCCAUGUUGUCAGAUAAGCUGUUAGCCAAGAACCUUGGAGACCGCUUGAGGCAAAGGGCAGGUUUGGACUCCUUUGAGGCUGGUGAGGCUGAAGAUACAAACAUGGCCACCUACAUUCAUGAGCAAUUCAACAGCUUCUUCUUGGAUAAAGUGUGGAACGAUGAACACUAUAUUAAGUUGCAAAUCAGAGGCAGCACCAAGAACAAAGUGUCCGUUUUGAUCAAUGAUAGCGAGGAGAUCUUGGAGAUGCCUGAUGCGUACGUGGCCUACAGUGAGAGUGGCUCUUUUUCUGGCAAACCUGUCUAUGUGAACUAUGGACUGAAAAAAGAUAUUGAGACAAUACAGAAGUCAGUGACUCCAUUGAAUGGAACCAUAGUCAUUGUCAGAGCUGGAAAAAUAACACUUGCUGAGAAGGUUGCAAAUGCCAAAGAGGCAGGAGCAGUUGGAGUCCUCAUGUACAUGGAUUCAUUCAAGUAUGGGAUAACAGGGACACUUACCCCAUUCGGACACGCCCACCUUGGAACUGGAGACCCUUACACCCCAGGCUUCCCUUCAUUCAACCACACCCAGUUUCCACCAGUUGAAUCUUCAGGACUACCCCACAUUGCUGUUCAGACCAUCUCCAGCAGUGCAGCAGCCAAGCUGUUCAGCAAAAUGGAUGGAGACUCAUGCUCUGAAGAUUGGAAAGGUGGGAUCCAUUCCUGUAAGGUGACAACAAAGCAGGAGAGCAAGAUAAUGGUGAAACUAGAUGUGAACAAUUCCAUGAAAGACAGGAAGAUUCUGAACAUCUUUGGUGCUAUCCAAGGAUCUGAAGAACCAGAUCGGUAUGUUGUGAUUGGAGCCCAGAGAGAUUCCUGGGGGCCAGGAGUGGCUAAAGCUGGCACAGGAACUGCUAUAUUGUUGGAACUUGCCCGUGUGAUCUCAGACAUAGUGAAAAAUGAGGGCUACAAACCGAGGCGAAGCAUCAUCUUUGCUAGCUGGAGUGCAGGAGACUAUGGAGCUGUGGGUGCUACUGAAUGGCUGGAGGGGUACUCUGCCAUGCUGCAUGCCAAAGCUUUCGCUUACAUCAACUUGGAUGCUGCAGUCCUGGGAGCAAACCAUGUCAAGAUUUCUGCCAGCCCCUUGCUGUACAUGCUGCUGGAGAGAAUUAUGAAGGGGGUGAAGGAUCCAGCACAAGGAUCAAGAACUCUCUUGGACAGAGUUGGCUCGGACUGGGUAAAAGCAGUUGUUCCUCUUGGCCUGGAUAAUGCAGCAUUCCCUUUCCUGGCGUACUCAGGAAUCCCAGUGGUGUCUUUUGGUUUCUACAAUAAAGAUGAGGAAUAUCAUUUCCUGAAUACUAAGGAUGACACACUGGAGAACCUAAGGAAAAUUGACAAUCUGGACGCUCUUUUGCGUGCUGCUGCAGAAGUAGCUGGACAAGUAGCUCUCAGGCUGACCCAUGAUCACGAGCUCUUCCUGGACUUUGGGAGAUACGGUGAAGAAUUACUGGCAUACCAGGAGAAGUUUUUGCCUUACGUUAAGGAUGUGCAGGAGCUGGGGUUGACCUUGGACUGGCUGUUUUUUGCCCGUGGUGACUUCCAGCGAGCUGCAGAUGCACUGAGAAGAGACAUUGCAAACAGUGACAGGGAGAACAAGGUCAUCCGCAGAGCCCUGAAUGACAGGAUCAUGAAGGUGGAGUAUGACUUCCUGUCACCGUAUCUCUCACCAAAAGAAGUUCCCUUUCGCCACGUCUUCUUCGGCAGAGGCACCCACACUCUGCAGAGUCUGGUGGAGCAUCUGCAGCUGUUGAAAACCGGCAAGAGCGAGGUGGAUCUGAACUUGCUGAAGGAGCAGCUGGCCCUAGCAACGUGGACCAUUAAAGGGGCUGCUAAUGCCUUGGGAGGUGAUAUCUGGGAUACUGACAAUGAAUUCUAGACAUUGCAAACACCUGGUUGAGGUACAGGGUUAGGGAAACCCACUCCCUACCAUGACAUUAUUUUUCUGUAGAGGGUUUUUGGGUGUGUUUGUUUUUUUUUCUUUUUUGGCAACAAAUCUUUUCUUGACCAAAGUUGAGCAUAAAAUUUGAAUCUCACCUUACACAAAUUCAUAGGAGGCAGUUCUAAAGCAGGUACUAAAAUUAUGAAAUCUCUGACCAGGCUGCUGUCUGACCACAAUCCAAACUUGUCACCUGCUGCUGCUUGUGGGGUUUGCUCUUUGGUGUACUUGAGAGCUAACAGCACAAGGGAAUCCUGAACCAGUACCUUGAGUGGGAAGGUACUGUGUCUAUCUAAAAUCUUGUUAUUGUUGGCCUCCUAAAUGUAGUGACAGGCAGGGAAUUGAUUCCUCUAACACAAGUAAGGAUCUCUUCUCUGGCCAGUGAGCUGCAGGCACAAACCUAUGGUUGAAGAAUAAAAACAGCAGCCUGUAAGCGCUGGGCUAUCAGCAAGCUCUGAAGUGCCCGGCCUGCCUUUACUCAGCAGCAGGGCUCCAAUGACAUCUUGGAGGCUUGCUGCUACAAGGGCAGGCCUCAAUAUCCAGGAAAGAUAACCCAAAGACUCUCGUGCCCCCCUUUUGUAUUCCUGCUGGCACUUCCGCAAGUCCUGCAGCAUUAGAAUCAUAGAAUAGAGUCAUUGAGAGCCAGCUCUAGGCUGGCACUUCAGACCUUGCUGUGCUGGGGCCUUUUGCAAAGCAGAGUCUCUUGCUGGCCAAACUCUGUUUGGCUGAUGCCAUUUUGCAGGUUGGCUCUUGUUUGACACUGAGAUAUUUAUUUGUUUAUUUAUUUAUCAGUGACAGCGUUCACUAUAAAUGGUGUGUGGGUUUUUUUAUAGAAGAUAAUUAUCGGAAGCAGUGCCUUCCAUAAUUAUGACAGUUAUACUGUCGUUUUUGAAUAAAGCAGCAUCUGCUAUUACAAUCAAACAUGAUACUGGAACUUUGCAUUUAAAACAAUCCAAACAAGCCUCCCCUAAAUUUUAUUUUUAAACCUGGUAGCAAGUCUCUGGGUUGCACUUCCAAAUGAUCCUUGAAAUGCUGGAAAGCAACUCAAAAUCAGGAAAUUUUGGCUCCCUGAGGUGUCUUGUGCCACUCUGUGGGCUUGGGACUCCCUCUUCUCCCCUGUUUCUGGAAGCCUUGUGCUCGUGUGGUGGCACUGCUCCACAGAGGGGCAGAGCACUCUGAGCAGGGCUCGCUGUGCAGCACUCACCACAUCCACCGGGCUGCACAGAAACUCAUCCCUCAGAUUGGGCAUUGGCCCUAUUGGAAAUGGCAGCUUCCUGCAGACUUCCAGUACCUUAUGUAUCAUGAAACCUAACUGACAUUAUCGGGGGCAGUGUCUUCCAUAAUGUGUAAAGAACAAGGUAGUUUUUGCCUACCACAGUGUUAUAUCGGAGGCAGUGACCUCCAUAUGUUGCACUAUGGGUGUACGUAAUUAUCGGGGACAGUGUUUCCCAUAAUUGUUUUAUGCUUAUCAUGAAAUGUCAUCUGCAAAGCUUGAUGGUUAGUAUCUAACAUGGAUCAACUUCCUGCAGUCCUAUUUUUUUUCCACUCUCCUGUGGUGAUGCAAAUACGAACUUCAAUCUGUUCUGUACUUCUAUAGACUCCUUCUCUGUAGGCUGAACUUGUUCUGGUAGCUGUGCUGUUGUGAAGUUGCUUCUUGCCCCAAGUAACAAGACUGGGGUUGGGAUGUUAGUGAAAGAUAGAGUAGUUAGCAGUAGUUUGUGUGUUCUGUGCUGUUGUAAACUUCCUUCAAACCGGUCACAAAGACUUGAUGAACUCAAGGUGAAUGUAGGGGUUGGGGCUGACUGCUGGCUAGAGGGCUCAGGCUGCUGCUUUGGGUGUGUGUACUACUACAAAGAACUCGGCCUGCUUUGGUUGAUGCUGGGGUGCAUGCCUGGAGAGGCUGCUUGCUUCUGUCCUGGGCGUUGCUGGAAACCUCAGUCUUUCCUUUUGGGUGUUUUUUGGGAGAAACACCUUCCUCAUGGUGCUGCACUGCUCCCUGGCCUGAUGCUGAGCACUGUUGGUGUUUGACAUCUGCAGAUUGCCAGGAGGAAGGUGUCAGUCAGCAUCUAGCUGUGUACUUUGUUUAGGAAAGAAAAAAGUGUUAAAAAUCAUGAUAACUUAAUUCAAGAGUGUUACCUGAGGCCCAGCAGUAAUGCCUGAAGGAUGUGCAGUUGGGUGAGAGACUCCAUCCUCCAUGAAGGUCGGGCAUGGGUGCCCACUGCUUGUGCAGUGAGCUCAGCUCAUGUGAACUGAGGGGCUCUGUGUGCAUUCAUUCACCAGCAGCUGGAAGCCUGCUGUCCAGGUGUGAGUCCCAGCACUCAUCCUUAACUGCCCUGCUGUCUCUGAGGCAUGUGCACAAACCUAUGUAGCUGUUUCCUAGUGACACUUCUCCAGAUGGCAUUUAAGAGCUUGCUGUCUGUGACUCCUUGCUGUAGCACUUGCAUGCAUCUCGAUGUCAGACUUAAGUGUGUGCUUUGCAACCAGCAGAGAAAGAUGAAACCUGGCGAGGCAGGAGCCAGCACAGCCAUGCCUGCUGCCGUGGUGGGGCUGGUGUCUGACUUGGUGUGAGGUGUUACUGUCUGUAUCGAGGUUACCUGCUGUCUGCUUCAAUAAAAAUUCUGAAAGAUUCAA